AGAUGCUCAAAGUAAAAGCACUGGAUUUAAGAAGGUCACUCAAUGGACACGAAGAAUUUUCAGCCAGUGAUGGCUGGCUUGAUAAAUUCAAAAAACGCCACGGCAUAAGAAUUUUGACGGUUUCCGGUGAAAAACUUUCCUGCAAUGCUGAGAGUGCUGCUACAUUUACAAGCGAAUUCAAAAAGAUUAUUGCCGAAAAUGGGUUUUUACCGGAACAGAUCUACAAUUGUGACGAAACUGGUCUAGUUUACAAAGGUUUGCACAAGAAAACAAACGCUACCGUUUUCGAAAAAACUGCUGUAGGACGGAAAUCCAUGAAGGAAAGGGUUACCAUUAUGCCUUGUGUAAAUGCAACUGGGACGCAUAAACUCGAUUUGAUGAUGAUUGGAAAAUCUAAAAAUCCUCGGUGUUUUAAAAAUGUAAAUUUACCACUGUAUUACAAAUCAUCCAAAAAUGCUUGGCAAACUUCUGCGCUUUUUAAGGAGUGGUACAACGAUUUAUUCAUCCCUGAAGUUUCUCGUCACUUAGAAGCUAAAGGCUUACCAGUAAAAGCAAUUUUAUUGGUCGAUAAUGCCACCUGUCAUGGGACAGCAAACAAUUUUUCCCAUGAUGAAAACUUCAAGGUUAUUUUUUUUCCACCCAACAAUACACCCUUGUUGCAACCACUUGACCAAAAUGUCAUAAAAUCCCUUAAGCAACGGUAUCGAAAGCACCUUCUGUCAACACUCUUGGCGUUAUGUGUAAACGGAAAUAACGAUAUGGUCUCAGCUCUUAAAAAUAUUAAUUUGAAAGACGUGGCAUUUUUAAUAGUUGAAGCCUGGAAUGAUGUCCCACGAUCCGUUGUCAUGAGUUCAUUUAAACAUCUGUUUUCAUCGAUCGACGCAAUAGAAUUUAAUAUGCCGGAAAAUCAUUUUGUGGAAGAGGACGAUAUCCCCCUGGCUAGACUGUACAAUUUGGUAAUCGAAAAUGAUUUAACUGAGAACGAAAUAAUGGAAUGGGCGACUGGUAGCAACGAGAGAAGCGUACUUUUUGAAACAGAAGAUGAAAUAGCAAAUGACGAGAGCAUCGCGAACGAAGAGGGUCAUAUGGAAGAAGAGAGCAGAAUCAGCAUCGAUAAUGUGAUAGAUUCCUUCAACACCGCGGUAGAAUGGGCAGAGGAAAAUAACCUUACAAGCAAUGAGAUCUUGUUUUUGCGACGAAUUCGAGAAAAAGCAGUUCUUAAAAGACUUAAUUAA